UUCAGAGAAGUGUUGUGUUUGCUAUAAAGGAUAAGAUGACAACCUUUAACCCUUAUCAAUCUGGUGGUGCCACCAAAACUGUGGUGACUCCGAACUUCAGUUCGUAUGGCUUGGCAAACAGCUACUCAAAUUUCACGCCUGCAGGUCAGACCCCCCAGCAGAUUUCAACUCUGCCUCACAGGCCCAACCCAAUUCACCACCACAGGGCACCAGGAGCGAACAAACCGAAGCGACCCUUCUCCUACGACGGCAUGGGCUCCAAAAAUCGCAUGGCCUGGUUUGCCAGAAACCCGGACAAGGUGACACGGUUCCACUGUGAGAUCUGCUGUUGCGACUGUCUGGGAAAAGACUCGUGGCGAGCGCACUUGAAAGGCCAGCAGCAUGUUAAAAAAGUGAAGCUUGCCGAGAAGCAAGGCAAGCGCAUUCCAGCCAACAUGUACUUGAACGGGGGCAACGAGGAAGAAAUGGGAGACUCUAUAGAAUCUAUCAGUCCCACUGGUGGGUCCGCCGCCACCGCUAGCGCGCUCCCGCCACCACCCAAUUUUUGUGAAAUUUGCAAUUGUCAUUGUACUAAUGCUGAUGCUUUUGCCGCCCAUCUCAGGGGCCAAAAGCAUCAGAGAGCGCUGAGCCUGCACACGAAAAUGGGAAAGCCGAUACCUGGCUCGCUGCAGCAGCAGCAACAGGUUUUCAAAGUCAUUCCAACAACCAAUUUGACUUCUGUACCGCUAGGCUCUGCACAAAUGCAAGCAUCGGGUCUGUCUGGACAAAGUUCGAGUUCUGUGCCGGGUGGAGUGGGGGGUGGGGGUGGGAGUGUGGUUUCGUUGUCAUCGUCAUCUGAUAGGCCGUCGGUGGGAGUGGAGUGGAUCCAAGAGGAGAAGGACUCAAUGGGCCGAGUGGUGAACUACAAGUGCGAGUUGUGCAAGUGCGACAUGAACAAUGUGUACAUGAGAGACGAGCAUUUGAAGGGCAGGAAGCACUUGACGGAAUUUAAGAUGAAGAUACAGCCCAAUCUUAAGGUGGCAGACCCCAAACUGCAGUCUGAGUUCAACAGAAUAGAAAGAGUGAGACAGCAGAACGAACAGGAGGAGCUCAAGAGACGCCAGGUGCGUGAGAAUAACAUGAUAGCGAAGAUCAGGAGUAGAGAGCACGAGCUUCUGAAGGCUUACCCUAACUGUUGCCAAGUGAGCGAAUACAGAUCCACAGACGACAACCUCAUCACAGCUAAACACUUGGAGAUAAACCCACCCCCCAUGGAACUGAAGGUGGCGGACAGUUUCCUCAUGAACAUAGAGACUUGUCUGAAAGCAGUAGCAGAAAAACUAGCAGCUGACCACGAGCACAAAACGAAAGAGUUGAAGGGCGUAAUGCGUGUGGGGUAUCUGGCCAAAAACAUCCUCCUAAAAGGAGAGAAACAAUUAGAGCUUGUGGUCUUAUGUGACAAGAAGCCAACUGAAGUACUGGCUGCGAAUGUAUGUCACGUGCUCAACGAUAAGCUGGAGGAGUUGAUCACUGAUGAGACAUUCCUUGUGUCUUGGAGCGCCAAAAAUGCUUGGAUAACAGUGAAAAGCAAGAGCGAGAGUGCGCUGCAAUGUACAGUUCACAUCACUUCUCCCGAAAUGCGAGAACCAGAUACUUUGGACGGCAAUAAUGGCCAUGAGAGAAUUCUGGACCAGGCUAAAUGCGCGGCAUCUUUAGCCGACACUCGAAGAGCCAAGUGGUUCGACCUCAAGUGCAAAAGCCAGCCGACACUCUGUCUAGUCGUCCGUAUUCUACGAGAUCUCUGUCGCAGGAUCCCCACUUGGAACUCGUUCCCGUGCUACAUCAUGGAACUCAUUUGCGACAAGGCAUUACGAACUGUGGCACAUCAGAUGGGUCCCGCCGAGUUGUUGCGUCGGUUCUUUGAAAUCAUCGCUUCUGGUCUUCUGCUUCCAGGAGAGGCGGGAGUGCUUGAUCCAUGUGAAAAGUCAAACUCUAAUGCAGCCAGGGUUGUCAAGCUGCAAGAUUGUCAGGACAUUACAACCAGUUCUCAGCAUGCUCUCCGGCUGAUAGCUCUAGGUCAAACUGAUAAAAUACUCGGAACGACGGACAAAAAACGCAAGGUGGUCGAACAUGAAUUGGCUGGGGACAUAGAAGAGACUACAGAAAAGCACAGUGCUGCCGCCGGGAAAUCAUCCGGCAAUACUGUGGAAUCUGAGUCCGUAGCAGACCAUCUGGUCACUGCGGAGAAAAAAGACGGAAACCCUCAACCUCCUCCCGCUAAAAAGGAGUGUACACAGGCGGCGCAGUCAUAAAUAGCAAUAAAACUACCAAAUACAAAAUUCUGAAACUCGGAACAUUGAACUAAUUUUUUCUUUGUUUGAAGGCUUGCAGCAAAUAUUUUUCUUCCUACCUUUAGAAAAAGGAAAAACAUAACAGUAUAUUAAGAACAUUUAUCAGCUGCGGUCCUUCAGUUGGUUGAUAUUAUCUUUUGAAAUAAGUGUUAAUUAAUGAAAAAAGUCUUGUUGUUUUUGGGGUUUUCUUCGGUCCAUAAACUUGUUGCCAAAUGUCUUUUAGAUUUGUCAUUUCUGUUAAACUGCAAUAUCGAUGAUAUCCAAUGAUGGGCAGUUAAACUGAUGAAACGUU